AUGACUUCCGAAAGAGAUAUACCUUUACUGGACGCGAGAGCUUCUAUGACCGAUGUACCAGCGUUUUACCAGUCUAUUCUAUUGGAAGGUGGUAUAGCUGGAUUCGAAAAUGCUGAAAUGUCAGGUAUCCGUGAUACGAGUGUCACAGCGAAAGGAGUGAACAUGAGAACGCUUAAGCUAUUUCCGCGGAUAUCGAUCGUCACUGGACUUUUACUUGAAAAACUGCAACAAGUGGUCGAUUUUGGUGGAUUCAGGAUAAACUGCUCAAAUAAUGAUAAUAAGCUAAGCGACCUUCCACCAGGUUUAAUGGGGAUAAUCACAUUAAAACAAAUUAUAAAACCUCUGUAUCAAACGGAUGGAGUAAAUAUGACAGACUUGUGAAGAGGUAUUUUGCCCGGACUGUUCUGAUAAGAGGCACAUGAACAAUGACGUUUGGAAAAAAAAUAGGUCAUCCGUGAAUCUGAUAAGACUGCACCUGAGGACGGAGAGUAGAGACAAAGAUAUUCACAACUGCAUGAAAUAUCUCGACUAUGCAUCUCCUAGGAAAUUACAACGUCAUCGAAUAGUGAGAGAAUUUGAGUGGUCGUCUGCUAGGACUGACACAGGACAAACACACGUGUGUACUUGUAUAAAUAGAAAAUAAACAUGUAUAUAUGUAUAUGUUAUGAACGCG